AUGGAUGUACUCUGUGACAGAAAGACUCUACCACCCUGUGGAUUAUCUGUACUGCAAGAACUUGGCAACUGGCACGCCAGUCUUGGCUGCUGGUCUAAUAAAGUUCCAGUAGUUCAACAUCCCCACCAUGUCCACCCACUCACACCGCUUAUCACCUACAGCAAUGAGCACUUUACACCCGGAAAUCCCCCACCACACUUACAGGCGGACGUGGACCCCAAAACAGGAAUCCCGAGGCCUCCACACCCUCCGGAUAUAUCUCCCUAUUACCCUCUAUCUCCCGGCACCGUAGGGCAGAUCCCCCAUCCGCUAGGAUGG